AUGGUCUCCGGCUGGUUGUCACCCAUCCUGCCACGCCUCCAGGAGCCGGGUUCAUGGCUGCCACUGACAGCAGACGAGGCCUCCUGGAUCGUCUUCUGCACGACUAUCUCGUCCGUGAUACCCAUCAUAGGUGUGCCAAUAAUCGUUGACAUCGUCGGUCGCAAGAUGCUGCUGAUCACAUCUGGGCUUCCGGUGUUUGCUUCCUGGCUUAUGGUGCUGUUUGCCGACUCAGCAGGCGUGCUGAUAGCAUCGCGCCUGGUGGCUGGUCUGGGUACAGGUUCCUGUUUGUCCCUGGUAGCGAUGUACGUAGCGGAGAUUGCCGAAACCAAGAUACGAGGUAUGCUGGGCACCGUCUUCCAGUUCGCAUUGAGCGCGGGUGGGCUCGCCUCCUACUGCAUGGGCCCCUACAUGUCCUACUCGGCCGUGGCCAUCGUGUCGGCUGCAGUACCUGUCAUCUUCAUGCUGGGCUUUCUCUGGAUGCCCGAGUCACCAUACUUCCUGGCGCUGCGUUCCAGGAACGAGGAAGCUGAGAGUGUGUUGAGGCGGUUACGAGGUGCCGUGUCUGAGGAAGCCAUCCAGGAGGAGCUCGACAUUGUGCAGAAGUACGUCAAGGAGCAGCGAGAGUCCAGGCGGUCGCAACUGGAGCUGCUGCGCCAGCUGGUGCUUCGGCGUGGCAGCCGGCGUGCGCUGGUGGUGUGCGUGGUGCUGAUCGUGACGCAGGUGUUCGCGGGGCUGUCUGUGCUCUUGGCCUACGCCACAGACAUCUUCCGGCAGUCGGGCGUGACGCUUGAUGCAGACCUGUGUGCUAUAAUCGUGGCAGCAGUGCAGACGAUGACCAGCGUUGCCACGUCGCUGCUGGUAGACCGCGCCGGCCGCCGGCCGCUGAUGCUGCUCUCACUCGCCGGCUGCAGCGCCACCAUGGCCGUGCUCGGCACCUGUUUCUACCUGAAGGACGUGGUGCGCACAGACCUCACCGCUGUGCAGUGGCUGCCCCUCGCCGCCACAGUCGCAUUUCUCGUGUUCAACAUCCUAGGGGUGGGCCCACUGCCGUGGGCCAUCGUGGGCGAGGUCUUCCAGUCAGAUGUGAAGGGUAUGGCCAUAGCAAUCGUGUCGGUGUUGCAAUCCGUCCUUUUCGCAGUGCUCAGCAAGCUCUUCCAGGUGAUCAGCGAUGCCACGGGCAUGUACACCGCCUUCUUCCUCUUUAUGGCCAGCGCAUUCGCCGGCCUCGUCUUCACCUUCUUCUUCCUGCCUGAGACCAGGGGCCGCACCUUCAUCGAAAUCACACGGCACUUCGAGGGCGAAGAAGGCGAAGAGACAAAGUAG